CGGCCGCGGGCCUGCCCACUGUGUGGGCGCGGCGGGGGCGCGCACGGGGCGCGGCGGCGGGCGCGCGCGAGUGGGGCCGGUGUGGGGCUCGGGGUGCGCGUCCACGUGGCUGGCAGGCGGCCACCCGGAGCCAGCGGCGGUGGAGGGACAGGUAGGUAGGUGGCCUCCAUUUCCCGCCGCCCGCUCGGAGCCAAGCGGCUCAGCGGCCCAGGGCUCGGCCGGUUGGGUGUUGAAGGGGUCGGGCCCUGCCUCUGUCUCGCAUCUCGGGCGCCGGCCUGACUGGUCCUGCGGGCCCAGCGCCAGCAAGGACCGCCCGUCUGAGCCCAGCUCCCCUGCCCUAUGGGGACCCUUUGUGGCUGAGGAGCGACCCCUCCAAGGACUGCUGCGGCGCCUCCAUCCACUAGGCCUGUCCCUGGGUGCAGCCGCCGGCCAUGCCUGCUGUUGGCCUCCUUCUGCUGUUGCUGCCUGCCGUGGCGGGGGCCGUGAGUGGCAGCAGGACCUUCCCUGCCUUCUUGGUGACGGACACUACGCUCACCCACCUGGCGGUGCACCGGGUGACUGGGGAGGUGUUUGUGGGUGCGGUGAACCGCGUCUUCAAGCUGGCUCCGAACCUGACCGAGCUGCGCGCCCACGUCACGGGGCCCGUGGAGGACAAUGCCCGCUGUUACCCGCCCCCCAGCAUGCGCGCGUGCGCGCACCGCCUGGCGCCCGCGGACAACGUGAACAAGCUGCUGCUCGUGGACUACGCGGCCCGCCGCCUGGUGGCCUGCGGCAGCGUGUGGCAGGGCGUCUGCCAGUUCCUGCGCCUGGACGACCUCUUCAAGCUGGGCGAGCCCCACCACCGCAAGGAGCACUACCUGUCGGGGGCUCAGGAGCCGGACUCUAUGGCUGGCGUCAUCGUGGAGCAGGACCAGGGGCCCAGCAAGCUGUUCGUGGGCACCGCGGUGGAUGGCAAGUCCGAGUACUUCCCCACCCUCAGCUCCCGCAAGCUCAUCGGCGACGAGGACAGCAGUGACAUGUUCAGUCUGGUAUACCAGGACGAGUUCGUGUCCUCGCAGAUCAAGAUCCCCUCAGACACGCUGUCCUCGUACCCCGCCUUCGACAUCUACUACAUCUACGGCUUCGUGAGCGCCUCCUUCGUGUACUUCCUGACGCUGCAGCUGGACACGCAGCAGACGCUGCUGGACGCGGCAGGCGAGAAGUUCUUCACGUCCAAGAUCGUGCGCAUGUGUGCCGGGGACUCGGAGUUCUACUCGUAUGUGGAGUUCCCCAUCGGCUGCUCCUGGCGAGGCGUGGAGUACCGCCUGGUGCAGAGCGCCCACCUGGCCAAGCCCGGCCUGCUGCUGGCCCAGGCCCUGGGUGUGCCGCCUGAUGAGGACGUGCUCUUCACCGUCUUCUCCCAGGGCCAGAAGAACCGGGCCAGCCCCCCGCGGCAGACCGUGCUCUGCCUCUUCACCCUCAGCACCAUCAACGCCCACAUCCGGCGCCGCAUCCAGUCCUGCUACCGUGGGGAGGGCACGCUGGCCCUGCCCUGGCUGCUCAACAAGGAGCUGCCCUGCAUCAACACGCCCAUGCAGAUAAACGGAAACUUCUGUGGGCUGGUGCUGAACCAGCCCCUGGGGGGUCUGCACGUGAUCGAGGGGCUGCCUCUGUUGGCUGACAGCAGCGAUGGCAUGGCCAGCGUGGCUGCCUACACCUACCGCCAGCACUCCGUGGUCUUCAUCGGCACGCGCACCGGCAGUCUGAAGAAGGUCCGGGUUGAUGGCUCCCAGUACGCCCACCUCUACGAGACAGUGCCUGUGGUGGACGGCAGCCCCAUACUCCGGGACCUGCUCUUCAGCCCUGAUCACCGGCACAUCUACCUCCUGAGUGAGAAGCAGGUGAGCCAGCUCCCAGUGGAGACGUGCGAGCAGUAUGGGAGCUGUGCGGCCUGCCUUGGCUCGGGGGACCCCCACUGUGGCUGGUGUGUGCUGCAGCACAGAUGCUGCCGCGAAGGGGCUUGUCCGGGUGCCUCAGCCCCACACGGCUUUGCUGAGGAGCUGAGCAAGUGUGUCCAGGUGCGGGUCCGGCCCAACAACGUUUCAGUGACCUCCCCCAGGGUGCAGUUGACUGUGGCCAUGCGCAACGUGCCAGACCUCAGCGUGGGCGUGAGCUGUGCCUUUGAGGAGGUGACAGAGAGCGAGGCCGUCCUGCUGCCCUCCGGGGAGCUGCAGUGCCCCUCCCCCUCCCUCCAGGAGCUCCAGGCUCUCACCCGGGGGCAUGGGGCCACCCGCACCGUGCGGCUGCAGCUGCUGUCCAAGGAGACGGGGGUCAAGUUCGCCGGGGUCGACUUCGUCUUCUACAACUGCAGCGCACUCCAGUCGUGCGUGUCCUGCGUGGGCAGCCCCUACCCCUGCCACUGGUGUAAGUACCGCCACGUGUGUACCAGUCACCCCCACGAGUGCUCCUUCCAGGAGGGCAGGGUCCACAGCCCUGAGGGCUGCCCUGAGCUCCUGCCCAGCGGGGACCUCUUGAUCCCAGUGGGUGUCAUGCAGCCUCUUACCCUGCGCGCCAAGAACCUGCCGCAGCCACAGUCGGGCCAGAAGAACUACGAGUGCGUGGUCCGGGUGCAGGGGCGCCAGCAGCGGGUGCCGGCUGUGCGCUUCAACAGCAGCAGCGUGCAGUGCCAGAACGCCUCGUACUCAUAUGACGGUGACGAGUAUGGUGACACAGAGCUGGACUUCUCUGUGGUCUGGGAUGGAGAUUUUCCUAUCGACAAGCCUGCCACCUUCCGAGCUCUCCUGUAUAAGUGCUGGGCGCAGCGGCCCAGCUGCGGCCUCUGCCUCAAGGCUGACCCUCGCUUCAACUGUGGCUGGUGCAUCUCGGAGCACAGGUGCCAGCUGCGGGCCCACUGCCCGGCCCCCAAGACCAACUGGAUGCACCCGAGCCAGAAGGGCACCCGCUGCAGCCACCCCCGCAUUGCCCAGAUCCACCCACUCAUGGGGCCCAAGGAGGGAGGCACCCGGGUCACCAUUGUGGGCGAGAACCUGGGCCUCAGCUACCGAGAGGUGGGCCUGCGGGUUGCGGGUGUGCGCUGCAACUCUAUCCCCUCAGAGUACAUCAGCGCUGAGAGGAUCGUGUGUGAGAUGGAGGAGUCGCUGGUGCCCAGCCCGCCGCCCGGGCCCGCCGAGCUCUGCGUGGGUGACUGCUCGGCUGACUUCCGCACGCAGUCUGAGCAGCUCUACAGUUUUGUGACGCCAGCGUUUGACCGCGUGAGUCCCAGUCGGGGCCCCGCUUCUGGGGGCACACGGCUCACCAUCUCCGGGAGCUCUCUGGAUGCCGGCAGCAGGGUCACUGUGACCGUGAGAGAUGGCGAGUGCCAGUUUGUGAGGAGGGAUGCUGGGGCCAUCGUGUGCAUCUCCCCCGCGUCCGCUCUGGGCCCCAGCCAGGCCCCCGUCACCCUGGCCAUCGACCGUGCUAACAUCUCCAGCCCUGGAGUCCUCUACACGUACACCCAGGACCCCACUGUCACUCGCCUUGAGCCCACCUGGAGCAUAAUCAAUGGAAGCACUGCCAUCACUGUGAGUGGGACCCACCUACUGACAGUCCAGGAGCCCCGGGUCCGGGCUAAGUACCGAGGCAUCGAGACCACCAAUACUUGCCAGGUGAUCAACGACACUGCCAUGCUGUGUAAGGCCCCCGGCAUCUUCUUGGGACGGCCGCAAGCCCAGGCCCAGGGAGAACAUCCCGAUGAGUUCGGCUUCUUGCUGGACCACGUGCAGACGGCCCGCUCCCUCAAUCGGUCCUCCUUUACUUACUACCCGGACCCCAGCUUUGAGCCCCUCGGGCCCUCUGGCGUCCUGGAUGUCAAACCUGGCUCCCACGUAGUGUUGAAGGGCAAGAAUCUGAUCCCUGCAGCGGCCGGCACCUCCCGCCUCAACUACACGGUGCUGAUCGGGGGCCAGCCGUGCACGCUCACCGUCUCCGACACGCAGCUCCUAUGUGACUCUCCGCGCCAGACAGGCCGGCAGCCUGUCAUGGUCCUGGUGGGCGGCCUGGAGUUCUGGCUGGGUACCCUGCACAUCACGGCCGAGCGGGCGCUCACCCUGCCGGCCAUGGUGGGCCUGGCGGCGGGCGGCGGGCUCUUGCUGCUGGCCAUCACUGCCGUGCUGGUGGCCUACAAGCGCAAGACCCAGGACGCAGACCGCACGCUCAAGCGGCUUCAGCUGCAGAUGGACAACCUGGAGUCCCGCGUGGCUCUGGAGUGCAAGGAAGCCUUCGCGGAGCUGCAGACGGAUAUCAACGAGCUGACCAGCCACAUGGACGGCGUGCAGAUCCCGUUCCUGGACUACCGGACGUACGCCGUGCGCGUGCUCUUCCCAGGCAUUGAGGCCCAUCCAGUGCUCAAGGAGCUGGACACACCCCCGCACGUCGAGAAGGCCCUGCGCCUCUUCGGGCAGCUACUGCACAGCCGCGCCUUCGUGCUCACCUUCAUUCACACGCUGGAGGCCCAGAGUAGCUUCUCCAUGCGCGACCGUGGCACCGUGGCCUCGCUCACCAUGGUGGUCCUGCAGAGCCGCCUGGAUUACGCCACGGGGCUGCUCAAGCAGCUGCUGGCCGACCUCAUUGAGAAGAACCUGGAGAGCAGGAACCACCCGAAGCUGCUGCUGCGCAGGACCGAGUCGGUGGCCGAGAAGAUGCUUACCAACUGGUUCACGUUCCUGCUGCACAAGUUUCUGAAGGAGUGUGCUGGGGAGCCGCUUUUCCUGCUCUACUGCGCCAUCAAGCAGCAGAUGGAGAAGGGCCCCAUCGACGCCAUCACGGGCGAGGCCCGCUACUCUCUGAGCGAGGACAAGCUCAUCCGGCAGCAGAUUGACUACAAGACGCUGACCCUGCACUGCGUGUUCCCGGAGAGCGAGGGCAGCACUCAGGUCCCAGUGAAGGUUCUCAACUGUGACAGCAUCACCCAAGCCAAAGAUAAGCUGCUAGACGCCGUGUACAAGGGCACCCCGUACUCCCAGCGCCCCAGAGCUGAGGACAUGGACCUAGAAUGGCGUCAGGGCCGCAUGGCCCGCAUCAUCCUCCAGGAUGAAGAUGUCACCACCAAGAUCGAGUGUGACUGGAAGAGGGUCAACUCGCUGGCCCACUACCAGGUGACAGAUGGUUCCUUGGUGGCGCUGGUGCCCAAACAAGUAUCCGCCUACAACAUGGCCAACUCCUUCACCUUUACUCGCUCCCUCAGCCGCUACGAGAGCUUGCUGCGCACGGCCAGUAGCCCCGACAGCCUCCGUUCUCGGGCACCCAUGAUCACGCCCGACCAGGAGACUGGCACCAAGCUGUGGCACCUGGUGAAGAACCAUGACCAUGCUGACCACCGGGAGGGGGACCGCGGCAGCAAGAUGGUCUCGGAGAUCUACCUGACGCGACUGCUGGCCACCAAGGGCACGCUGCAGAAGUUUGUGGACGACCUCUUUGAGACGGUAUUCAGCACGGCCCACCGGGGAUCGGCCCUGCCCCUGGCCAUCAAGUACAUGUUCGACUUCCUGGACGAGCAGGCUGACCAGCGCCAGAUCAGUGACCCUGACGUGCGCCAUACCUGGAAGAGCAACUGCCUGCCCCUGCGCUUCUGGGUGAACGUAAUCAAGAACCCCCAGUUCGUGUUCGACAUCCACAAGAGCAGCAUCACGGACGCCUGCCUGUCCGUGGUGGCCCAGACCUUCAUGGACUCGUGCUCCACGUCCGAGCACCGGCUGGGCAAGGACUCCCCGUCCAACAAGCUGCUCUAUGCCAAGGACAUCCCCAACUACAAAAGCUGGGUGGAGAGGUACUACCGGGACAUCGCGAAGAUGGCGUCCAUUAGCGACCAGGACAUGGACGCCUACUUGGUGGAGCAGUCGCGUCUCCAUGCCAGUGACUUCAACAUCUUGAGCGCACUCAGCGAACUCUACUUCUACGUCACCAAGUACCGGCAGGAGGUUUGUGCCAGUUCCACAGGCGCCCAGUUGUUAGGCCCCGAACUUGCACUUGGUGGCAAAAGUGGGGGGCUCAGUAAGGGUAAGGGAGCUCCAGGGCAUGGGAGGGGACAGAGAGGGCCUGGAGGCCAUCCCUGAGAUUGCUCACAGCGCCCCGCCUAGCCAGCCUCCAGGCCAGUACCUGGGAUGCUUUCCGCAGAUGCUGGGGUUUGAGGGACCUAGGAGAGAAGCCACGGGCCAGAGAGUAAAGUUCUGGUUGGGCAAAAGUAAAGGUCCAGGGAAGGGAUGGGUAGAUGUGGGGGUGCCCAGAGGGAUGAGGCCAGAAGUUGAGCAGGGCUAGAGCCUUAUAGGGCCCAUGGUUUUUGUGACUGCAGCCUCAGGAGGCUGGAAACAUUAGAGAUGUGAGAUUGAGGAUGUAUUAUUACUGGAAAUGAGAACCUUCCAGCCAGGACCCGGCCCUGAAAGCCCGGAGCCUGCACGAGCUGACCAGGGCGGCCCAGAGCCCGUGUAGAGGGAGAAGCGGCCCGCGCAGCGAGCCCUGGGGCCCUGGGACACUCGGAGGUGGUGGAGGAGAGAGGGAGCGGCCACGGAGACGGCGGCGGGGCGGCCAGAGGGCCGGGAGGGACCCCGAGAGGGCAGGUGCAGGGUGACCUCCCGGCUCGGCAAGGGCCGCACGUACGCGCGCACCGGGGCAGGGGGAGGUCAGGGAGGAGGGAGCGAGGGGCUCCGCGGGGGCUGCUGCCUGCCGGUCAAGGGACAGGACGCCUUCUGGAAACCCGCCCGAGAGAGGUUCAGGUGGGCGUGGGAGUUGCGUGUGCCGAGGGGCUGGGGAGCUCGGGGUCAGCCAUCCGGGCCGCUCUCGGGAGGGGCUGCCCUCUGGCCCCCGAGAGCAGGGAGCCCGGUUCUGCAGCAGGAGGGGCUCUGGGGCGCAGGAGAAGCUGCCCACCGUGUUGCCGGGGAGGGGUUGUGCCUCCUGCCCCGUGCCCGAGGGGCCCCCAGAGAGGUCGGGGCGCGCCGAGGCGCCGGGGAGGGAAGAGCUCCAGCUGGGGAGGAGGGCUUUGGCCGGAGGGCACUGGCCCCUCCUCGCCAGCCCCGCUCCGGGGGGACACCCCCUCCCCCAGGUUCUCACUGCUCUGGACCGAGAUGCCUCCUGUCGGAAGCAUAAGUUGCGACAAAAACUGGAACAGAUCAUCAGCCUCGUGUCCAGCAACAGCUGAGGGUGGCGGAACCGGUUGCGGGGCGGGGCGACUCGGUCCUGAGCUGUCCUCCGGGCUGAGCCCUGGAUCCGGGGGCACGGGGGCAGGGGUUCCCUGGGCCAAUAUGCCCCUGGCACACCUGGGCGCCCCCUUCAUUAGUGCCUUCCUCUGGGCCCUGUGUGGGGGCAGGGGUGACAGGACCAAGCCCCCGACCCCAGCAGCAGCAAUACCCCUGCCCCCUGCCCGCCCACCCCCCACCCCCCUGCCCUCUUGUCCGCCCCCCAGCCCUCCUGCCCCUGUGCUGUGGCAGCCCCUGCCGCCCUCGCUAUUUAUACCCCUAACAGCCUAUUUAUUUAAUUUAUCUCCCUCUCGCCACCCCCAUCUGUAACCACGUGUCCCUUCUCCGGAUGCUGUCACCCACACACCCCUUCUGUCCUUGAGUCGUCCUGGCUCCUCUGUGACAGCAGCAGCCCUGGCCUGUCCUUGGGCACCUUCCCCCCUGCGCCGUGGCUGGCCCCGCCCAUUCCGAGCGGGGGAGGGGGGAUCUCGGCACCAGCAGCACUUGGGGGCCUGGCAGGGGAUAGAGGGAGGGGACGCCCCCCCCCAGCGCCACCCAUGGACUGUGACGGGGGCCCAGGGUUCUCCCCGCAGCUGAGCCACAGAUCCCCCUCCCACGCAGCUCCAGAGUCAGAUGGGACCUUCUCCUGGCCCCGCUGGCAGCACCAGGACAACUAGAAGCAGGCCUGGGCCCAGGCUGGAGGUGGCCCUGGGGGCUCUGGAACUCUCCUUCUCCCGGCCCUACUGCCACAUGUCCUCCGUGCUGUACGCACUUGCCCCAGACCCCUUGCCCUCAGCCGCCCUGUCCUGCGCCUGCCCAGCGUGGCCUGGUCACGGCGGCCGUGCCUUACUCCUUGGUUCUUCUUUCUCUGAGGGCUCUGGCCCCGUCUCCUGGGCCCCCAAACCCACUUCUCUCCUCUUUUCGGGCAUGAGCUUUCCUGUCGUCGUUGUUCAUGGAAGUCUUUUCCUAAUUAAGUGUUGGGAAAAUGGAGUCUCGUGUGGCUUUGUCCUGGCGGCAAGUGGGUGGUCGGUGCGCAAAGAAGCAGGUGGGGAGGCUGUCGGCCUGUGGGUGGGUGGGAGGGCUAACUCCAGCCGGCGUCCUGAGGCUCUGAGGAGGGCGAGGGCCAUGUCCAUCCUCAGCCGGCCCUGGUGGCUCUCCCUUCAAGGUCCAGUCCGAAUCUGUUCCCUUCUCCCCACCUCCACACCCCGAGUCAGGUCCCAGCUACCCUGGGCUCCUGCCUGGAUGCCCAGUGUCCCCACUUCUGUCCCACCUGCCUGCCCUCAUUCUAGUCUUAGUGCAGCAGGCUCUGGGAACCCGAGAAACCAGCAGUAGCUCUUGUCCCCCUCUGUGCAGAACUCCCCAGACUCCUCCAUAUCGGACAGUGCUUUACUGCCCCACUGCCUCCAGCCCGAAGCACCUGCUUACUUCUUUUCUGCCUGCCCCCCCCCACAUGUUAAAGUCACGCAGGAGGGGAGGAUG